GCAGUAGUUACCAUCGCCCACCAUGACCACACCUCCCCCUGAACGGCGGUUCCAGAGACCUGCCGUCUUCGUCUGCGACAUCCAAGAGAAGUUCCGGCCCACCAUUUACGAGUUCGACAAAGUCAUCCUCACGGCGCGCAAGCUCCUCAUCGCCGCCACGGCGCUCAAGAUUCCCAUCUUCGUCACCACGCAGAACCGCCCCCGCCUGGGCGACACCGUCGCCGAGCUGCAGCCGUUCCUGGCGGCCGCGGGCGCCCUCGUCCAGGCCGACGUGGACAAGACGCGCUUCAGCAUGUGGCUCGACCCCAUCUCGUCCCAUCCCCACUUCGCCUCGUCUUCUCCGUCCUCCCCCUCCCCCUCCGGGUGCGAGGUCGCCAUCGUCGGCAUCGAGUCGCACAUCUGCGUCACGCAGACCGCGCUGGACCUGCUCGCCGCCGGCCACAAGGUGUACAUCCUCGCCGAUGGGGUCAGCAGCUCCAACCGGGAAGAGGUCGGCAUCGCCCUCGACCGGUUGCGGCAGGCCGGCGCCGUGGUCACGACCAGCGAGAGCUGGAUCUACGAAUGCAUGGGGGAUGCCAAGAUUCCAGAGUUCAAGCAGAUUGUUGGGGUGGUCAAGGAUACGGUGGGGGAUACGAGGGCUGCGCUGAAAGGCUUGCUGGGCAGCAAGAUGUAAGGCGGAAAGGGCAACCGGAUUGGAAAAAAAAAAAAAAAAAAAAAAAAAAAAAAAAAAAAAAAAAAAAGAGAGAGAGAGAAUUGGGGAAAGAGGAAAGGGGAAGGGGGAAAGGGCAGAGGCGAGUCUAGUAGAGGAUGUUGCCGAGAGUCCAUAUAGGGUUUUGAAUCUCAUCCUUAAAAAGAUUGCUUUCCUUUGAUUGAUUGUUCUCGUUUCAUGUCUGUGAUACACUCGCCGCUAGUCUGUCCCCCCAACUGGGCCGUUGCAA